AUUCCCGACUGCACCAUUGAUCCUGCACUUCUUGCUAUUUCUGUUCCACCAUCAGUCACAUACAAUGCAUUUUCCCCGGUUCCUGCGCUCGUUCAUUCUCCAAUCACAUCCACCAAUUCGUCUGAUGGGGCUCUUACCCCACCCGUGUGUAAUGACCAAGGUGCAUUAUCUCAAGGUAGUUCGAUGGCUGAAUAUGCUCACUUAUUUCACGCGAAUGACGUAGAUUCAGUGGCUGCUGCCAAAAUGUUGUUGCAGUUUGCUGCAAAACCUACUGUUCCUCCGCAUGCUCUCUCACCCAUAGACAUCUCACCGGAAGUACUCACGCCAUAUGCUCAAACUGCUCCAUCCCGUUUCUCGCCAUUGACGCACCUGCCGCCAGUUUCUCAAAUAUCUCGCGCGUUGUCGGUCCAAUCCAUGCAUGAACCAACUCCCGUCAUUCCUCGGCGCGCCAGCUUCAAGGCAGUUAAUAAAGAAGAUAUUCUUCAGCGCGCAAGGGAACGUCGCCGACAAAUUGUUGGAGAGAUCGAACGGGCAAAGGUGGAGUUAUGGGAGACGAGUAUUGAGGGAGGGGUGUUGGGGCAUCUGAUGAAGGAU